CGUUGUUGUCGUCAUUAUAUCGCUUGAUCGUCUUCUCCUUCUCAACUGGUUAAUCAAGUCAUCUGCAGGUGUCGAGAGUGUAAUAGAGGUAUAAGAUGGGGAGUUUGAGUUACUUGCUACAGACGUUAGGACUUCUGCUACUCUGUUGUGCCGUGGCAGCUAAUAAAGUACCACUCACGAACGCCAAGUAUAAGAACCCAAAAGAGCCAUUGGGGGUCAGGAUCAAGAACCUAAUGAGCCGUAUGACACUUGAAGAGAAAAUCGGGCAGAUGAUUCAGGUGAAACGAGCCAAUGCCACAGCCGAAGUCAUUAAAAAGUACUUCAUUGGAAGUGUGUUUAGUGGGGGAGGGAGUGUGCCGAAGCCAAAUGCCAGUCCUGAAGCUUGGGUGGACAUGGUGAAUGAGAUCCAAAAGAAAGCGCUUUCGACUCGCUUAGGGAUUCCCAUAAUUUACGGGAUCGAUGCUGUUCAUGGUCACAACAACGUGUACAACGCCACCAUUUUCCCGCAUAACAUAGGCCUCGGAGUCACCAGGGACCCUGGCCUUGUGAAGAGAAUUGGUGAAGCAACUGCGCUUGAAGUUAGAGCAACAGGAAUCCAAUAUGUCUUUGCUCCAUGUAUUGCGGUGUGUAGGGACCCUAGAUGGGGAAGAUGCUAUGAGAGCUAUAGUGAGGAUCACAGAAUAGUUCAACAGAUGACUGAGAUCAUACCCGGUUUGCAAGGUGACCUUCCUACCAAUCAAAAGGGUGUUCCUUUCGUCGCUGGAAAGACCAAAGUCGCAGCCUGUGCUAAACACUUUGUUGGAGAUGGAGGUACAUUGAGAGGUAUGAACGCAAACAACACGGUUACUAGCUCAAAUGGUUUGUUCGGCAUUCACAUGCCGGCUUAUUAUGAUGCGGUAAACAAGGGAGUUGCAACAGUUAUGGUUUCCUACUCGUCCUUGAACGGGUUGAAAAUGCAUGCCAAUAAGAAACUUAUCACGGGUUUCCUCAAGAACAAGCUCAAGUUCAGGGGCAUUGUCAUCUCGGAUUAUCUAGGUGUUGAUCAGAUCACCACACCUCUUGGUGCUAACUAUUCACACUCGAUUAAUGCUGCAAUCACUGCUGGACUCGAUAUGAUCAUGGGUUCAUCAAACUUGACCGAGUUAAUCGACGAACUAACAAGUCAGGUGAAGCGAAAACUCAUCCCGAUGAGCAGAAUCGACGAUGCAGUGAAGAGAAUCUUGAGAGUCAAAUUCACAAUGGGGCUUGUUGGGCUCUUUGAAGAUCCUAUGGCUGAUCAUAGCUUGACCAGCCAGCUUGGUAGCAAGGAACACAGAGAACUGGCAAGGGAAGCAGUAAGGAAAUCUCUGGUGCUGUUGAAGAAUGGUGAAAAUGCAGAUAAGCCAUUGCUUCCUCUGCCAAAGAAGACCAAAAAGAUCCUUGUUGCAGGAACACACGCUGAUAACUUGGGAUACCAAUGUGGAGGCUGGACAAUCUCAUGGCAAGGCCUCAGUGGCAACAACCUCACCAUUGGUAAACACAUACAUACUUGUCCUCACUCCAUAUUAGGGUUUCUCAAAUUCACCAAUAGUGACUCAAGAUUCACUCUCAUAGGCAUUUGUUACUUGUGA